GACUUAAAAUGGCGACUUCGAAAGGUGCAAACACGUACAAUCGACAAAAUUGGGAAGAUGCGGAAUUCCCAAUUUUAUGUCAAACUUGUCUUGGAGAUAAUCCUUACAUCAGGAUGAUGAAAGAGAAAUAUGGAAAAGAGUGCAAAAUCUGUGCCCGUCCAUUCACUGUAUUUAGGUGGUGUCCAGGGGCACGAAUGAGGUUUAAAAAGACAGAGGUGUGUCAGACCUGCUCUAAGCUUAAGAAUGUGUGUCAGACUUGUUUACUAGAUCUGGAAUAUGGGUUGCCUGUUCAAGUACGAGAUGCUGCUCUUAAAGUUCAAGACAGUAUGCCAAAGUCUGAUGUCAACAAAGAAUAUUACACACAGAACAUGGAGAGAGAAAUUGCAAAUAAUGAUGGGACAACACCUGGUGGGGCAUUAGGCAAGGCCAUGGCUCCUAGUGAUAUGUUACUAAAGUUAGCCAGGACCACCCCCUACUACAAGAGGAACCGCCCACACAUCUGUUCCUUCUGGGUCAAGGGAGAAUGUAAAAGAGGAGAGGAAUGUCCGUACAGACACGAAAAACCAACAGACCCUGAUGAUCCUUUAGCAGAUCAGAACAUCAAGGACAGAUUCUACGGCAGUAAUGAUCCAGUGGCUGACAAACUGCUACAGCGAUACACAGACAUGCCUAAACUGACUCUACCAGAGGAUAAAACUAUCACAACUCUAUAUAUUGGAAAUCUAGGGGAGAAUAUUGGGGAAAAGGAACUGAGGGAUCACUUUUACCAGUUUGGGGAGAUUCGUAUGAUCAAUGUUGUUGCAAAGCAACAGUGUGCAUUUGUACAGUUUACAACAAGAACUGCAGCAGAGGCAGCCGCUGAGAAGUCCUUCAAUAAACUAAUUGUUGGUGGGCGUCGCCUGACCAUCAAAUGGGGCAGAUCUCAGGGACAACAACUGGCAUUAAAGAAAGACGGGGAAGAAGAUGAUAAUGAUCUCGAGCCUGUACCUGGUCUUCCAGGAGCAUUGCCAGCACCUCCUGAAGAGAUUGCCAACAAUUUCUUUAAUCUCAGUAAUCCACCUCCACCCAUGGGCAUGCCACUCAGACCGCCACCUCUUGGUCUACCACCUAGGGGACCUCCAAUGAUGCCCUAUGGAAUGGUGAGAGGACCUCCUCCUCCAGGUGUGAGACUUCCUCCUCCUCCCCCGGGAAUGAUGCCCCUUAGACCCCCUCCAGGUCCGCCAAGAAUGACCCCUGUGACCUCUGUAGCUGUUCAUUACCCAUCACAGGAUCCUACAAGGAUGGGAGCCAUACCUUCAGCAGGAAAGACAACCUGAGA